UUGAUGCUAAACCCCACAAGAAUGCAACCAACCGACCAAAACAAUGUUUUAUUUAUUUAUUAUUAUUAUUAAUGAAUUCAUAAUGGCCAGUACGUGUUUGUUUUAAUGCCAACGAGAGGGCCUUUUGUAAAUAUCGAAUCCUUGUGGAGGUUGCUGCUAUUCACAAUCAUGCACUUUAGCCGCGUACACUUCUUGCCCACUCCCUGUUUGGGCUUUCCACGAUUAGCUCUAUAUUUUACCUUUGAUUUAUUUACUUGGAUGGUAGGUAAUACUACAAAGUAAUUGGAAAUAAAAGGUCUUUCAAGAAAUUGCACUUCACUUUAUCGGGGUGAUAGCUUAGUGAUAGGUCGUUAAGGUCUCAAAUUUGAGUUUCGUGGGCCGCAGAUGCAUUCUAAGUCUUAAAAAAAAAAAAAAAAAAAUUGCAGUUCACCUUUUUCUGAGUCAGCUAAUCAGAAAGAGUUCUUGGUUCUGAUUUUGGCUAUGUAAUGUGUAUACUUUGCACAUGACAAAGAUAAAUUUGUAGCAAGUUAAACUUGUCCAACUGAGGGAAAGUGUUGAAGCUGAAAAAGGGAGAAAUAGCUACAAGAAACAAUGCAGUUUCAAGGGCUACUUCAAAUGUUGCAGGCCCACAAGGCACCUUAAUGAUAACUUUGCACUCAUGUCAUAGAAAUUUCAGAAGAACACCAUGUUUCUACCCUCCUGUUGAUAGAGGACCAUGAUAGUGGCAAUCUUUAUUGUUCGGGACAAAUUAUAAACCCAUUCUUGGUAUAAAUAAUUAAAGAUAUCACCAUACAAAUAUAAUCAAUCAUGUUGAUUUUCAAUUACAAAAAUACUAGUAAUACAUUAUUUUGGUGGUAUUCUAUAUACAAAAAUUUUGUAGAAAUAUCAUUCUUCUUGCUGGAAUCACUUUUUCUUUCUUUUUUUCUUUUCUGAGUUGCAUAUGUCUCCAUCAGGAAGAAUUUACAUUCUCCAGUUGCCCAAAUAUAAUUGACUUUGGGCGUAUCAACCUAUCAUUGUUCAUCUCUAUCCAUCUGUCAUAUUAUUAAUAGCCUUCUUGAGUUUGCUCAUACAUUCAAAUUGCCAGAUAGAGGCUUGUGCAAUUAGGAGAGAUCCUCCUUCCUAGCUACAGAUAUUCCAAUUCUUUAUUUCAUUGGUUAUCUUCUUCAUGCCUCACUAGUUUUAGCAGCCACUAUUGUCCUCCAUGAAAGAAGUGAAAAAGCUACUUCAGUCCUGAUAAUCAACAAAUUCUGGAAACAAAGACGACUAAGUUCUGCUUGCUUGAAAACUGACUUAUUGUUAUUUUCUUGCUGCUGUCUUUGUAUUACAUUCCUGAAAUUUUUAGCUAUCUAAAAAUUAUGAGUCAGGAGAUCAGGGUCCAGGAUCAAAACCAUGGAUCUUGAACAAUUACAUGGAGGGAAUAUCAAGAUUCUCCACUGAAAAUUUUUCCUCUCAGCAGCCUAAGUUAUGGGCCCUCAAGGAAAGUUCAAGCCAACCAAGAAUUGGCACUGAUGAAUUAUCCGGUACCAUUGCCAACCAAUUUGGACCGGCAACUCCAUGCUUUCAAGUGUCAAACAUGCUGAGCUCAAUUUCCCCAUCAUGUCAAACUUUGAAAGUUGAUUCAGCAUGGCAAAACUAUUCCAAUCUUCACAAUUGCUCGACCUUGCAGUCGCCUGUAGAAUUCAGUUCUGGUAACAAGCAGAGAUAUACAUCUUCCAAGAAUUCUGUCCUUGCUGCUCUUGAAGAUUUGCCGGAUAGGAAAUUGUUAAUGCUCCUGAAACGUAACUGUGCACCCAUGAAUGCCAUGCCAAACCAGAGGCAGCUCUGUCUCAGUUUUCAGGGACAUCAGAAUCACAGGGUCAGCUCUAUGGAGCCAACUAUGCAUUUUCAUCCAGAGAAGCAGCUACAAGAUCAUUUUAAUGCAUUCUCUCUUUCCCCCUGUAAUUCUGCAUCCUCAAGUGCAGCAAUCCCAAACAAAUCCCGCAUUCGUUGGAAUCAAGCUCUUCACGAGCAGUUUGUGGAAUGCGUAAAUCGCCUUGGGGGUGCUGAAAAGGCAACUCCUAAGAGGAUCCUUAAGCUAAUGAAUGCCAAGGGAUUGACCAUCUUUCAUGUGAAAAGCCAUUUGCAGGUUUUCAUGAAGUUUCGCACAACAAAGCACAUACCAGGAUCUACUGAAGAGAAAAUCGAGAGGACAGAUUGCCUACAUUCAAUGCCACAACUUGAUCCAAAAAUAGGCACGCAGAUAUUGGAGGCACUAAGACAGCAAAUUGAUGUCCAGAGACGCCUAUACGAACAAUUGGAGGGUCAAAGAAAUUUACAGUUGCAGAUUGAAGAGCACGGAAAGCAGUUGAAGGAGAUGUUCAAUCACCAUAUGGGAAAAAAUAAGACCUCAAUUCAUGAUGCCAAAGAUACAGUCGAAUCAAAAUCAUCUACAUCAUUGAGAUCAUUCGAGAACUUAUCAGACAAUUGUGAACUGAUAAAUUAUGUGAAAGACCCUCACGGGGCUUAAUUCCUUUUUUUGCAUUGGGUAGUCUCUCAAUUAUUGAAAUUGUUGUUGGCAACUAAACAAUAAGUUGCAAUCUCACAUAUUUGUUGUGAAAAAUUUAUUGCAAAUGACUGGAAGUAUGGUACCACAGUUUACCCUGAGAUUCUUCAUCUUCUAGAGAAAAAAUUGUAAUAGUUGAAGAAGAACAGGGUUAUGAAGCAACGUGCACUGUCUCUUCAAACAUCCAAGGGCCAGUUUAAGCUAAACCCAACAAGAAAGAUCAAGAAAAAGCCAUUUUGCUUCGAGUGGAUGACAUGCUAUUCCCAGCAUAAGAAUUAUCACUGUCAUUUAGGAUUUUUUCUUGAACUGUAAGUUGAAUAGAAAGAAGUUGAGUUGAGCCAGCAACUUUCAAAGUAUUCGGUAAUUAGUCAUCUUGUUGCAAUUCUGUAUUCUCAAAGGUCCAGUGUCUUAGCUGAGUUGAAAUUACGAUCGUUUUCAGGGUUGUAUUCUUGCAAUCAUGCUUCUUAAGGCUAAAUCCGAGAACACUCUGAAUUUUCCUGGAAAAGGGUGGAAAGGGAAUGAAAGUUUGAAGGUUUUGGCAAUGGUCUGUUGCAUAGCUUUC